AUGCCGGUACUCGUUGGUAUCUACCCGUUCGGUUGCUUUAGGGACCCCCCUUUUACUUUGUGUUACCCUCGAGCUAAAAAGAAAAGAAAAAAAAAUUUUUUGGCGUUGAUGAAUUCAUCGUGUCCCGACCAUUUUCUUUUAUUUUUUUUAUACGCGUAA